UAAUGACAUUUAUUCACCAAAGCCCACGUUCCCUCCAAGUACAGAUGCAGUGCCACCUUUUUAUCUGUCAAGGUUCAAAACUUGCUGUUGUGGGUGGACGUCAGCCAAUGAGAGUGAAGACAGCAGGACAUGUGACAAGCCAAGCUUGGAUGAGUGACAGGCGUACACUGAAGAAGCCCCCCCAACUCACAAUCACCGCUCAGUUAUAAUAAAAAGCAAAACGGCAGCGACUGUCGGUGGUGGCGGAUGAGUGAAGAUGCCAGCUGCCGUUGAUUUACAGUGACACAGUGACGCUUCAGCGGGCACGAAACUUAAGUAAGCCGCCUACCCGGGCCGCGACAAGUGGGUUCACACGAUUGAUUCCCGCAGCCCGGCCUCCCUUCUCCCGGCUCUACCGCCCGAUGCCUCCCAAGGCACAAGUCAAAGCGCGCGCGCCCUCGAAUGAAAGAGGCGGGCUGCUCGCGAACUCCGGUGACGCCACGCCCACGUGACGCUCGGGCUGCGCACGCGCGCCUUGAUGACGUAGCGGCGCCAUGGACUUCUAAGAUGUGAUGGAGCGGGCCAUUAUGACAUUCGUCGAGGGGGUCGGAGAUGAGGUGACCAUCGCCGGAGGGGUGCUGCUUCUGGGCCUGGCGCUGGUGCUGGCCUGGUUUUCCACCUACGUAGCCGACCGCGGAGAGCACCUCCUAGGAAGCGGCCCCCACUCCUCCUUGGUGGGCUUGGGGGGCACGGACAGGUACGUGGGGGGUGCCCUCCCGGCUGAGCUGGUGGAGGCUCAGGCUAACGCCCCGAGCCUGGCGGACAAGCCGGAGGACGAGGAGGUGGUCAAUGGCAGCCCUGAACAGACCCCGAGUGAGGGGACCCCCGAGGCCAGCGCCGUGGACCAGCUCUUUGACAUCCAGGGGCUGCGGAAAAGCGGCGCUUUGGAUGGUCACUUGCAGCCCACUGCGAGUCACCCACCUGCGGAGAGCGGCUCGUUCAAAAUUCGGCUCAAGUUCCUCAACGACACCGAAGAAGUGGCGGCCGUGAAGCCCGAGGACACCGUCGGCCUGCUCAAGAGCAAGUACUUCUCCGGACAAGAGCAGAAGGUAAAGUUCAUCUACCAGGGGCAGCUGCUUCAGGAUCACUCCCGGACUCUGCUGUCACUCAACAUCACCGAGAACUGUGUCAUUCACUGCCACCUGUCGCAGCGGCCACUCGAGUCUGCCUCCGAGAUGCCCGUCCUGACGGACCAGGGGGCUCCCGGCACCAAUGUGGGCAACUUAAUGAUCCCACUGUUCAUAGUCAUGCUGGCAGUCGUUUGGUAUUUCCGCAUCAACUAUCGGCAGUUCUUCACGGCCCCCGCCACGGUCUCCUUGGUCGGCGUGACCGUCUUCUUCAGCUUCCUCAUCUUCGGAAUGUAUGGACGAUAGACGAGGGGGUGUGGGCACCAGCCCAAGCAUGCUUGCUCCAUGGCACACUCUUUACAGGUGCUUGUGUGAGCCAGCCGGCUCGUCCGUCGGUCGGUCGGUCAGUCUCUAAGGUUUGUCCAUCUUCAUGCUGUUCUUUAUUUAUUUUAUUCCAAAUAAACAAAGCGAUCAAACCUC